GGGAAUUCAUCAGAAAUGACGGAUGUAAAGACACAAAACGCGAUUUCCCUCAAAGGAUCUGCCCAACUCGUCAAAGAGUUCUUCCAUUUCGGCCUUAACAGCAUUCUCUAUCAACGUGCGCUUUAUCCAUCAGACAGUUUCAAGCGUGAGAAGAAGUACGGGCUCACACUGUGGGUGGCUCAUGAGAAGAAGCUCCAAGCGUUCAUGGAUCCACUUUUGCAGCAAGUUGAAUAUUGGCUCGCGAAAAGACAGCUGAAACGGUUGGUGAUGGUGAUUUCCGAGGUGAAGACGAAGGAAGUCGUGGAAAGAUGGCAAUUCGAUAUUCAUACAGAGAAUUUGGCCGAGGAAGGGUACGAAAUCGUUUGAAAACUGGCUCAAAGCUGCAAAAUCCGGCGUCAAGCUCAAUUUUUUCCGCUAAAACUGGGGAAUUUGGCUGAAAAAAUCUUCAGAAUGGUCAUUUUUCCUGUUGAAAUUGUUGAAAUUGGCCAAGUUUUGCGAUUAAAAUCUCCUAAUUAUUGGCGCGUUUUUGAAGUUUUUUAACUGAAUUGUCUCAAUUUUUAGGUUACUCUCAGCUUUUCCGGAGCAAUAAAUUGAUUUUUUCUUGAGAAUUUCUUUAAAAAUUGGAAAUUUACCGAUAGAAGUUACAAAUUUUCGCACGUUUUGAUUAAUUUUCAGCAUUUUUUUCGGAUUUUUUUGUUUCAAAAUUCUCACUGAAACCCACUAAUUGCAUCACAAACCCCCUCAAAAAGGUGUGAUAUGUAUACAUUUCUCAUUGUCUCAUAAUCCCUUUCAACAACAAAAACCUCUUGACUCUCAAGUGCUCCGGCAACCGCCCUAUGAUGACGCAAUAGACAUUAUACCAAGAGGAGAGUCUUCAGAAGCAUAACAGGUGUGCUCAGCCGGAAGCAGAGAGGUCAAGGAGAUGCUUAAUUUGCAAAAAACUGAAAAAAAAAGCGAAAAAAAAAUCGAUAAAUCGAUAAAUCCCUGGCCCCCACCGGCAUGUCUAUGCACUCGCGCCCUCAGUUUUUGGAUCCUAUGUGGUCUAGUGGUUAGGAUUCGUGGUUUUCACCCACGCGGCCCGGUUUCGAUUCCCGGCAUGGGAAGUUUCUUUUUGUAAGGGCAAUUUCAGGGUUUCAGGGCCAAUUUUCAACUUUUCUAAGGUCAAAUUUCGUAAUUUUCAUAAAUUUUUAGACCUAAAUUCCCAAUUUUUGCAGAGAAAACGCGCACCGCGUCAAGGAGGAGAAGAAGAUUCGGCAGGAGAUUAGCGAUGUGAUUCGCCAAAUCACCGCAUCUGUGUCAUUCUUGCCACUGCUCGAGGAGCCUGUCUCGUUCGAUGUGCUCAUUUACACUGGAAAAGAUACUCAAGCACCCGAGGACUGGACUGAAAGCGGAGCCUGUUUGAUUCAGAAUUCGGAGACUGUGCAACUUCGCUCAUUCUCGACGUCAGUUCACUCGGUUAACACGAAUGUACAGUACAAGGCGGAUUUUUAAAUUUCCCCCGAAUAAUUUUUGUCUGUUUUCUCUGCUACCUCUCUUUACUCUUACUCUCUCUCUCUCUGUCUGCCAAAAAUUGGCUCAAACUAAAAUGUCCAAUUUUAUUGUUAAUUUUUCAUUUUUUUCCCCCGAAUUUUGUAUUUUUUGUUAUUUUUUUUUUCAAAGCGAUUGUCAUCAUCUUCAUCACCACAAAUUCACAUAAUGAUUUUUUUGGCGAAAUAUCCCCAAAAAAUUUGGAAUUUUCAUCUGCGUUAUUGUAAAAUUUUCAGCUUUUCUUUUAAAAAACUUUUCAAGAAUAAAAUGAACAAUUUUCGGAAA